AAUUGAGGCUACCGCGUAAAAUUUGAUCUCUGUCCAAAAUAUUUAUUAAUUAUUUACGUAACGAUUGGAAACCUCAGCGUUUUAGUAAUGAAACCCAACAAGUUUCCUUCAUCUCUGCCAUAACACCCAAUUAAAUUCAGCUAUAUGCCUUCUAUGUAUUCUGCAAAAAUGUAUGUGUAAACUAAUGCUCAAUUAUUUACUACUAUAAGCAAACUUUGAUUAGCUAUCGCUUACACACCCCGUCGAUGAUUUAUUUCACCCGAAAUUUGGUUAAUUAAAACUCUUCACUCCGCUGCGUGGAGGAGCAUAUUGAUUUUUGCUGUUUGGAUUGAUGGCUGGUGCUACUGUCGAUGACUUUAUGGCCAGGGUCAUAACCACAGUUAUGGUUAUGGAUGUGCGGUGAGAUAAGCUGAUAAACCAUUCCAUCUCGAAGCCUUAUAAAUAGAAGUGGAUAGUUCCGAUGCCGCGUAAAUGAAUCGGAAAUGUCACCCAAGAAGUGCGAGCCGCCGCCCGUGGACUCACUUACCACCACCACCACCACCAACACCACGGAAAAGGCCACCUUUCUUCGUCUGGGCCACAAGAACCACACCCAGUGGACCGCCCUCGGUUCUGCGUCCUUCAUCCUAAUCUCUGGCGGCAUGAGUUUGGCAUGGGGCGCCGGAUUCGCCGUCCACUCCGCCCAUCGGGAUCAACUCCUGCAGACCGUGCACAUGCAAAUCGCCUGGUAUGCAACUGCCGUGCUCGGAGCUCUUUUUGCGGCAUUUUACACUCACCGACUGCCUCUGCAGCCCAUUUAUAUUUGUGCCUCCAUCUUGGUCAUUGCAUCCGGAACACUAUUUCUGGCUUGGCCAGAGUAUCCAGGUGCCAUCAUAGCCGCCAGGUAUCUGGAUGGAUUGGCCAAUGGACUGGCAUUUGUUCCCGCGCUGAGUACUGUGGGCGAGAUAUCGGUGAACGAGAUCCGUGGACUGUUGGCCUCCACGGUGGAGCAGCUCAGCUCCAGCACUGGCAUCCUGAUGCAGUUGAUCUACACGGCCGUGUGGCAGGUGGACUGGAACGUGGCCAUUGUGGCGGAUCAGGUGCAUGGAGUGCUCUCCAUAAUCUACGGUGUCAUAGCCCUAGCUCUGGCCCUAACCCUCUGCGUGGAGUCACCCGUCCAUCUCCUGAUGCGAUCCAGUGAGCAAAGGGCGUUGGUUGCCCUGAGGCAUCUGCAAAGACCGUAUAUGGUGACCAGUGAAAUGCUACUGAGAUUGGAUGAGCACAAACUGUAUGUGGCCGCCAACAGGGAAAUGUGUUUGGGCACGACUCUGCAGAAAGGGUAUCCUUCGGUGCUUAAGCUUCUGGUCCUUCGAUUGCUGGGUGUCCUGUGCCUGAACUCCAUCAUCUGCUGUGCUCUCUACGAAACCGGCAAUCAGUUGGUGAGCUCUCUGUAUGCAUGGCCCUUUGUGGUCUUCGGGCUGCUCCGUUGGUGCGGAUGCUUCUUUGCGGUGCUGCUGAUGGACACCACUGGCCGGAAAAAGCCCACUCUCUUCGGCAUCUUUUCCACCGGCGCCUUUGCCAUUGCAUAUGCCAACUUAUUUGGACGCACUCCUCACAUGAUCACCGCCUUGGUGAUGCUCUUCAGUCUGCAGUUCUUCGCGGGACUGGGACAAUGUGCCUCGGCGGCUUACCUCACUGAAGGCUUUCCUCUGCGACUAAAACCACAUAUGGUGGCUGUGGUAUAUGUAAUAGAACAAGUCGCACGACUGCUCCUCUGCAGUUUUUUACUAUCGAUCGCAGGAAUUACGGCCUACUUUCACUGCCUGGGAGCUCUUUCCAUGGUGUUAUUUCUUCUCGGGAUCUUCUGCCUGCCGGAAACUAGACUAGUUACUUUGGCGGAGGCACAGCUCAAGUUUUCCAAGUGGUUCAACAAGGAUUUUUAGAUAUAGAUGGGAAAGGAGAAAUAAAUGUGUAUAUAAAACCACAAUUAAGAAUGUAGUUUGUGUAUUGUAGGAAUGAAAAGGGGUGGUAGUAAGUAGAAUAUUUAAAAUGCUGUAGAAUAUGAUAUGCUGCACUGUUUUUGAUAAAAUAUUUUUAGUACUGUAGUAAAAGUACCAAUAAACAUAACAUACAGUAUUCCGAGAAGCAAUCAUUAUCAGCAAAUACAUAAGUAAUAAAUGCCAUAAAUGUAAAAAUCAGGUGGAAAUA